GGCUUAAACCAGGUUACACUGAUAAUCUUGUUGUCAUUAAAGUUUUAUAUCUAUAGUGUCAUAUCUUCACGCUUCGUAGUAGAACGCCGGCGCUAUGGUAGAAAUUUAACCCCGAUCUAUUUGUGCAAAUACCUUGACUAAUCAGUUAUUUUUAUUUUGUGUUUCUGAAUGGACUUUUUUCCCAUGUAUAAAUAGCCAUACCCCGUCACGUGCGUUACCUCGCCCUCUCAAGACUCAAUCAUAUGAGCGAGGGAUCAUUCGGGAUGUAAGAAAGAGUCUGUGAAGAAAGUGAGAUGGAGGGGACACCACGCCAUUGGAGCUGCGUCAGGGUGGGGCAGUGGUUGACGGACAGCGGCUUCCAGAAAUACCGCCAAGUGUUCGAGGACAGUAAGAUUGACGGAGAAGCUUUGUUUGACCUGACGGAGGAAGCGAUGGGGAGAGACCCCCUAAACAUUACAGUGUCUAGUGAUGUAGAAAAACUCAGUGCAUGUAUCCAACAACUUAAGCAAGACAUUGCUCAAUUUCCACAACUCACAGCCUACAAAGAUUACCAGGUGUUAGACAUGGAGGACUCGGAGAACAGUUUUGACAGUGACAGAGAACUCUUAAGUAAGACGGACGACAAUCAGAAUACUGUAUAUUAUAGACGCUUCCGCUCAGAUCUACGAAAAGCCCUGUUUGCCAUUCUCUAUGGCACCCUGAGCCAUUUUUUGACUUCUGUCGCCAUUGUGAACGCGCAGGAAAAGCUGCCGGACAAGAAGAAAUAUCCCCCUCUGCCGGACAUCUACCUGGACAAUUUCGCCGUCAUUCCCUGGGCCUAUAAAGUCUCUGAGAGCGUGAUACUGAGUCUAAUCAUACUACUUUUGUUACUCUUAGUCUUCCAUAAGAGCAGACUUGUCAUCCUUCGCCGAACUCUAGUCAUCGCUGGCAGUAUUUACCUCUUAAGAUGUGUCUGUGUGUCUGUGACAAACCUACCUAUGCCAGAACAGCAUUACAACUGUGAUAGAAUGGUGUUCGCAGACUCCUGGAGUAAGAUGAAGAGGAUUAUGGUGGUAUACUCAGGGAUGGGGAUGAAGUUGGGAGGAAUGAAGACCUGUGGGGACUACAUGUUCAGCGGCCACACUAUCACAAUCACCGUGGCAACACUCACCGCCAUUGAAUACACCCCAAAGCGCUAUCGUCUGCUCCACGUGGCCCUAUGGUUGUACUGUUUCUGCGGGAUGUGGGCGAUUCUGGCGUCACACGGGCAUUACACACUAGAUGUGGUGGUGGCAUUCUACAUAUCAUCACGAAUCUUCAUGUACUACCACACUUUCGCACACAAUCUUUCCCUGAUGCGCCGCAGCCGGAAGCGUAUUAAAAUGUGGUUUCCGGUUUUCUAUUUCUUUGAAAAGGAUGAACGUGGAGGGAUAAAAAAUGAGUUUGAAUGUCCGGUACCUAGUUAUGAAAGCAUUAGAAAAUUUAUAAAGGAUAGUCGUGUAGACUUCUGCUUAAAGCGGUACACAGCGUUCCGCCAUUCCUGAUCCUUGUUUUAGAUGUAUAUAUCUGAUCAUGAUUCUAUCAGUCAUUUAUCUACAACAAAAAACGAUGCAAAUCAAUGCAAUGUGUCUGUGUGUUUGUGACUGUGUUAGUAAAGAAUUCGCUAUGCAAUAAUUGUAUAUUUUCUGAGGUAUUUAUUUAUUUAUUUAAAAAGGUGUUGAUUUACUGCUGUGCAUUUCUGAACACGUUUUUUGUGUUUUACAGCAUUUUAACACUGAUUUUAAUAAAAUUGUAAAAGAA